CGGUCAUAUGAAGCUAGACGUUGCUAACAGAUGUUGACACAGAUUUUAUACCUAAUGUGUUUAAGAGACUUUUAAAACACAUACAAAUACUUAGUUUAUCCUUGGAGGGUGAUUUAUCCGUUACACCGUGUUUUUGUUGCCUCCCGUUCUUUGUUCGGAGCUUUUUAUACCACGUGGCUGAUCGGUAAACAUAAGUAAAGGCAUUGAAGGGAGAUUAGUGUGUUUAACGGCAGUGUUUUAUCAAGGAGAAGAAAGACUGAAGAACCAGGACGAAGAGGAGAGAGAGAGUUGUGUUGUUUAUUUCAGAGUCACAGCCGGAGAAGGAGCACUGAGAGCAGCAUGGAGGAGAACAAAAAGACCACUGGAGCUCAGAGUCACAGCCGGAGAAGGAGCACUGAGAGCAGCAUGGAGGAGAACAAAAAGACCACUGGAGCUCAGAAACCGAAAGGAAGAGAGCGAUGUCACAGCUGUCAGCAAUGUGAUGAAUCCUUUACAACAUCUGGAAAUUUAAAACGCCACCUGCUUACUCAUACUGGAAAAAAACCGUACAGCUGUGAAGAGUGUUGCAAAACGUUCACAAGAUCAGGUUCUCUCAUAACCCAUCAACGUAUUCACACAGGAGAGAAACCGUACAGCUGUGAAGAGUGUGGGAAAACGUUCACUACAUCAGGUCAACUCAAAACACAUCAGCUUGGUCACACUGGAGAAAAACCAUACAGCUGUGAAAUGUGUGGGCAAACAUUCUCAACAUCUUAUUAUCUUAAAUCACAUCACCGUAGUCACACGGGAGAGAAACCGCACAGCUGUGAAGAGUGUUACAAAACGUUUGCGACAUCAGGUUCUCUCAUAAUCCAUCAACGUAUUCACACAGGAGAGAAACCGUACAGCUGUGAAGAGUGUGGGCAAACGUUCACUACAUCAGGUCCUUUCAUAUCACAUAAACGUAUUCACACUGGAGAAAACCCGUACAGCUGUGAAGAGUGUGGGCUAUCAUUCACUCAAUCAGGUCAUCUCAAAACCCAUCAACGUAUUCACACAGGAGAGAAACCCUACAGCUGUGAAGAGUGUGGGAAAACGUUCACUCAAUCAGGUUCUCUCAAAAUACAUCAACGUAUUCACACUGGAGAAAAACCGUACAGCUGUGAAGAGUGUGGGAAAACGUUCACUCAAUCAGGUGCUCUCAAAACACAUCAACAUGUUCACACUGGAGAGAUACCGUACUGGUGUGAAGAGAUGCUGUUUUCUCCCUAACCCAGUGGUUCUCAAACUUUUUCUGUCAGGACCCCCUUUGGAGAAAAAAAAAAGUCGGGCCCCCCCUCCACAAAUAGUGGGCCAAGUUAACAUUUAUUAAAAUACAUCAAUAUUAACGUGAGCAUUCCCUUAUCACUUUGUUAGAACAGUGAUAAUAAAACAAUUCUCCAGAAGUCUGUGUGCUCAAAAAUAAAUACAUAAUAUAAUUGUGCAAUCCCUUUGCUAGAACAAUAAGUUAUAAUACUUUGCCACUUUGCAAUCUGUACAAAAAAAUGUAAAUAAAGAAAAUGCCGAUAUUUGGCAGAAAUUUGUGUUUUGCACAGGACAUUUCAAAACGGGUUUGUAGGCUCAGUGGUGGCGCCAGAGAUUUUCUUUUGGGGGUGCUGUGGGGUAGCUUGACGUUUCAUAGAGGGUGCUCAAACAUUUAGGGUUUCCCAUUAAUGUACCGGUCGCUACAGUUGAAUUUUGUACUGCAACACUCCCCACGCACAUACCAGUGUAUCCGCGACAGUUGAAAUUAAGCUCAAUAAUCAACUCACGGCAUAUCAGGGCAGGGGUAAAGUGCUAUUUUUAUAAGUGGGAGUUAAAUGCCUCAAUCUGGUGCACUUUGAGAGCAAAAUUAAGAGAGCUAUGGAUACAUCUCUCAACACCCUUAUGAAACAGAACUGUAAGCAGAUUUUCUUUUUCUUUAUGGAUAUUUUACAAAUCACUCCCCUUUUAAACUGUAUUCUUGUUUUACUAUCAUAUAGUAUUUCAUAACUGUUUUUCAUUUAUUCUCUUAUUUUUGUCUACCUAUAAUUGUGUGCCUCGGAAAUAAUUGUUUACAUUAAUUGCGACCAAACCGUUUGAGACCCACUGAGAUAACUAAUCUCAGUGAGUAAUCUAAACACUGAGUCCUUCACCUAACUGAGCUGAAGUUAUCUGAGCCUCUCAGUCGGACAGGCGAGAGUUUUUCCACCUUGUUGUUGAAAAAGUUCCUUAUAUCCGUUAGCGUAGCUAGCACGCGCCAGAUGCUAACAACAACAAUCUCCGGUACCGGUGCACACUCUCGCACGCACAAAAAAUUUCUCGUUCCAACACACACAGAGCCGAGCUUGAAUAAAUCAGAGACCCAGAUGUUCUUGUACUGUACUGUAGAAUAUUAUUUUUUAAUCAAUACAUUUUCAAAUUAUGAAUUUCACACAUAACAUUUUAAAAUACAUACAUUUCUUGGGGGUGCUAUGGCUAUCCUAGGGUGACCUGUAGCACCCCCUAGCGCCCCCCUGACGCCGCCUAUUGACCUUCCAUCCUCAAAAUGUACAUUACACACCUGUGUCCUACAGCGCCCUCAUAGCCUAUGCUCCCCUAUUUGGUUAAUAAAAUGUUGUGACUUAAACUUUGAUUGGGAUGUUUUGAUAGUUCCUGUUGAGUUAGCAGUCUGUUCUGGUCUAAAAAAAAAAGAACCAAUGAUGAAUAUAUCUAGAAAAUAUUCCUGAUGUUUUCAGUUUGAUUCUGUUCUGUUUUGUCUAAAUUAUCAGAAUUUACCAAAAAUAAAAAAUGCAUAUUUUUUGUGUCAUUCAGCACAUUA